CGCCCUCGUAUUCUCCCUCGCUGCUCCUUGCCCAAAGCGGAAGAGAGUGUUGGGCGAGAGAGAGAGAGAGAGAGAGAGAGAGAGAGAGAGGGCGGAGUGAUGGAUGAAGGGAAGGAGUCGCCGGGAACUCGUAAUUGCCGCGGCGACGGGAGAGUGUCGGCAGCGGAGCUGCAGGGGAUUAUGGAGGGCGUCAUGUCUGGAGUGGAGGAGCUGCAAUCUCAGGCAGCGCUGGACAUCCGGAGGCUCACCAAGACUUCCUCGAGGAACCGGCGGCAGCUCUCCGCCGCCGUACCACCCCUCGUGGCGAUGCUGCGGUCUGGGAAGGCUUCGACGUGUGAAGCUGCCAUUCUCGCCCUCUUGAAUCUUGCCGUGAAGGAUGAAAGGAACAAGAUCAGUAUAGUGGAAGCAGGAGCACUUGAACCAUUGCUUGUUUUCUUAGACUCAACAAAUUCUUGUUUACGGGAGUAUGCCGCUGCCUCCUUUUUUACCCUUUCUGCCUCAUAUGUCAACAAAACCAGGAUAAGUGCCUCCGGGGCCAUUCCACUCCUUAUUAAGGUCCUUGAAUAUGGAAGCCAACAAGCCAAGGUAGAUUCUAUAGCAGCUCUUCACAAUCUUUCCUUGAUCAAUGACAACCUCAAGACCAUCCUCGCACUUAAUCCUAUUCCACAUAUGAUCAACUUUCUCAAGACUUGUAAGAAGUCCUCAAAGUCAGCGGAGAAAUGUUGUGCCCUUUUGGAAUCAUUGAUCAGUUUUAAUGAAGGUAGGCAGGCUUUGACAGCUGAGGAAGGUGGGGUGCUAACUGUCGUCGAGAUUCUUGAAGAAGGAUCUUCUCCAAGUAGAGAGCACUCAGUUGGAGCUCUCUUGACGAUGUGCGAGAGCGACCGAAGCAGAUACAAAGGCCUUAUUCUAAAAGAAGGUGCCAUUCCAGGUCUUCUUGAGCUCACUGUUCAAGGGACUCCAACAUCUCAAGCGAAAGCUCAUCGGCUUCUAGAGUUACUGAGGGACUCUCCCUAUCAAAGAUCCAAACUAAAGCCAGACACGCUCGAGAACAUUGUGAGUAGCAUUGUCUCCAAGAUUGAAGGCGAGGAACAGGCAGGGAAAGCAAAGAAGAUGUUGGCAGAGAUGAUUCAGAUCAGCAUGGAGCAGAGCUUGAGGCAUUUGCAACGAAGGGCCCUCGUGUGCACCCCAAAGGAUCUUCCUCCCGGAAACCGUCGAUCCGAAGUUUCAUCAAAAUAAGCAUAGUUUUUCUUUGUUUUGCUUACUUUCAUAGAUAUGCUUACUGAUUAAGAAGAGAAAAUGCAUGUAUUGACUACUAGGAUGGUGUGCCAGUCCUGGCCAGUGAUGGUAUAAGGUGAUUGGUGAGGUUUUUCUAUUCAAUACCAUGUAUAUACGAUAAGCCACUUUUUCCUACAAUAUUUUCGUCUCUGAAAUCUGUUGUCGACACUUGCAUG